GCCGCCGAACGCAGCUCCCCCCGCCGCCCGCACCGCGCACCGGCCGCACGAGAGCGAGGACCGCGGAGCACCAGGACCGGAGUACCGGAACCCCCAGGACCGGACCCCCGGCACCGGAGCCCGCCGGUGUGAACCGGGACAGAGCCCGAGCGGCAGAGAGCUGAAGCGGGACUAACGUGACUUUUUCAGCGGAGCAGCGGAGGAGGUCCGCGGCGCGCGGAGGGGAAACUCCGCAAAGUUCCCGGGAAGGAGGCGCGGAGAGCGGGGAGAGAGAUCCGCCCCCCCAUCCAGGACCCCCCUCCGCUGGUCCAGCGUGCGGCUCAGAGACCGGCCUCAGUGGAUCAGGCGGAGUCCCGAUCCGCCCGGUUUUGACCCGGAGCUGCCGGAGGCCUCGAGAGGUGGAAUGGCACCUCCAUAGUCGCCCUCUUCAACCAAAUGCUCUGGGCCCUCGCCUCCGGGGAUGGAGCGCCGUCUCUCAGCGUGGCCGGUCCGCCCCCUGCUGUGUCUGCUGCUCUGCUCUGCGGCGGCCGGCUCAGGCUCCGCCCCCUCGGACCCCUACCCCACCUUUGUGAGAUAUGACACUCUGUUCGAGCACCUGGCCCUGCACCCCGACCCCCGCCGGGGCCGGGUCUACGUGGGGGCCCGGGAUCGCCUGUUCCAGCUGGACCGGGACCUCCAGCUGGAGCUGCAGGCCGACACCGGCCCCGUCAACGACAGCCGGGACUGCCUGCCGCCCGUCACGCCGAGCAACUGCCCGCACGCCAGGGAAACCAGCAACCACAACAAGCUGCUGCUGGUGGACCCCUACUCCCUGGAGCUGAUCACCUGCGGCAGCGUCAACCAGGGCAUCUGCCAGAAGAGGAGCCUGGACUCGGUGGACUCGGUCCGCUUCUCCGCCGACAGGCCGGUGGACACGCAGUACGUGGCGGCGAACCACCCCAACGUCAGCACGGUGGGGCUGGUGGUGCGCCCCCACCCGCACCGCCAGCCCGUGCUGUUUGUGGGGAGGGGCUACACCAGCAGCCACCCGCCCAUCUCCACCAGGAACCUGGCCCAGGAGCCCGUCUUCUCCUACGAGGAGACCGCCAAGCUGGCCGUGGCCGGCCGGCUGUCGGAGUACGACCACCACUUCGUGGCCUCGUUCGCGCACCGCCAGCACGUGUACUUCCUGUUCUACCGGCGGGACCUGCGCUCGCAGUCCCGGGAGUACCGCACCUACAUCUCCCGAGUGUGUCUGGACGACCAGGCCUACUACUCCUACGUGGAGGUCCCCCUGACCUGCCGGUCCAGGGCCGGCAAGGUCUACAACCUGCUGCAGGCGGUCCAGCUGGGCCUGUCCAAGGACCCGGCGGCGGCGCUGCUCCUCGGGGUCUUCUCCACCCGCCUGGCUUCUUCCACGCAGCCCAGCGAGGACUCGGCCCUGUGCACCUUCAGCCUGGAGGACGUGGACGGCAGGAUCGACUCCACCAGGGACCUCUGCUACACCCAGAUGGGGAAAGCGGCGGGGGCGGAGGCGGCCUACAUCGAGUACGAAGUCAAGUCCAACUGCGCCAACCUGCCCGAGAACACCCUGGAGGCCUACCCCUGCGGCUCCGACCACACGCCCAGCCCCAUGGCCAGCCGCAUGGCGGUGGAGGCGGAGACCAUCCUGGACAGCCCGUCGGCCCGCCUCACGGCCGUGGCCGUCAGCGUCAGGCCGGGACACACCAUCGCCUUCCUGGGAGACUCCAGAGGGAACCUGCACAAGGUGUUCCUGGGUCCAAACGGUGAGGUGGAGGAGUACUCCGUCAUCUCCAUCCAGAAGAACACAGCGAUCAGCUCAGACCUGCUGCUGGACCAGGAGGAGGAGCACCUCUUCCUGAUGACCCACAACAUGUUGCAGAAGCGUCCGGUGGCAGAGUGCCAGCAGCACCCGGACUGCCAGUCGUGCCUGCUGGCCCACGACCCGUACUGUGGCUGGUGUGUCCUGGAGGGCCGGUGUGUGCUGCAGGCUCAGUGUGGCCGGGGCAGCCAGCAGGGUCAGUGGCUGUGGAGCUUCGACAUGGAGCAGCAGUGUCUGGCAGUACAGGACCUCAACCCGUCCAACGUCAGCAGGGAGGACAGCAGGACAGUGUCCCUGUCCGUCCCAGGCCUCCCGGUGUUGGAGAAAGGCGAGUCGUACUCGUGCGUCUUCCAGGACAGCCGCAGUCCCGCCGUGGUGACUGAGGCCGGGGUGACCUGCCGCUCGCCGGACGGCGGCGGCGUGCCGGCCGUCCCUCCGGGACAGGAUUUCGUCACCGUCCCCCUGUCUCUUCGUUUCGGAGACGUCUGGGUCACGUCCAGAGACUUCACCUUCUACGACUGCACGGCCGUGAAGCAGCAGUCCGGCAGCAUGCCGUGUCGUGGUUGUGUCCUGAGCCGCUGGGGGUGUAACUGGUGCGUUCACCAGCACUCCUGCACCCAUAGGCCCACCUGCGAGGAGGGAGUGAUCAUCUACAACCAGCACUUUAAACUGCCCACCUCCUCCCCCCCCACCGCCAAAGCUGUGAAAGUCGUGACGACAGCAGCUGCCACCACAGCUGCCCCCUCCACCUCCACCACUACCACCUCCGCCGCCCCCACAACUACAACUACUGCCACCGUUGCCACGACGACAACAACAACCACCACCACCACCACCACCGUUGUCAUAGCAACCACUCAGGAGCUAACGUCCAUGCCUGCAACCAUUGCUCCCCCCACGACUGCUCCCAGCCCCGAGCCCGUCACCCCUCCGCCCGCCCCGCCCCCCCAGCCCGCCUCCACAGCUCCGCCCCCUCAAAUGACCACCGGGGGGGCGGAGCUCGUCACCUCCAGUCCGUCUGAAGGAGUCGGCACGGCGGCAGAGCCGAUGCCCGUUACCGCAGCCGGUCUGGACCCCGUGAUGCCCCUGAUGACCCCUGACUCCUCCCCCCUGGAAGUCCUGACAGAGUGGCCCCCCACCAGCCCCCCUGAGGAGGAGGAGGAGGAGGAGGAAGAGGAGGAGGUGGAGGAGGACGACGACGGAACCCCGCGCCUGGCCGAGCCUUCCACCGUCUCCUCCUCUGGCUUGGCCACGCCCACAGCCGUCCCCGACGCCGCCCGGACCCCGCUGCACCCGGAGGUGACCCAGGCUCCCACCGCGCCCCCCCCACAGCGCCCCCACACCCACCCCGACCCCGGGGUGCUCCUCUGGCCCCAGGAGGAGGAGACGGCCGUCCCGGCAGACAACGACACCGCCUCCUUCUCCGCCGCCGCCGUGCUGUCAGGAGACGGAGAGGUGGAGCACGGCCCCCCCUCCUACCCCCACCUGCUGGACUCCGACUCAGAGCUGGACUACCAGUACGAUGCUGCCGAGGCCUUCCUCCCGGGUGACGAGGGCUCCUACGUCAGCUGGGGCUCCUCAGCUUGUCCCUGUGUGGAGACGGUCCAGGGCUCGUCCCUCCUGCCUGUCAGAGUGGACCGCAAGAUCACUCUGCAGGCCCGCAACCUGCACCUGUACCAGGACUCAGACCUGGACUACGAGUGUGUCCUGGUCAUCGAGGGCCAGACGGUGGUGGUGGACGCCUACGUGGAGACGGACGACAUGAACCCGUCCAGCUUCGACAUCACCUGCCAGCUGCAUCAGUACUCCUAUUCGGCUCCGGUGGAGGAAUAUCGAGCCAUGGUGUACGUCAAGAGGAGAGACACCUUCCACGUGGACACGUCUCCAGAUCUGCACGUGACCCUGUACGACUGCUCGGUGGGCCGCUCGGACUGCAGCCGCUGCCACACGGCCCACCAGAAGUACGGCUGCGUGUGGUGCGGCGGUCCGCGGGCCAGCUGCCUGUACGCCCAGUCCUGCGGGGAGCCGGUCCAGCAGACCUGCCCCGCCCCCGUCAUCCACUCGAUCGAGCCGCUGUCCGGCCUGCUGGAGGGAGGCACCAUGCUCACCAUCUCCGGGUCCAACCUGGGCCAGCGGGCCGAGGACAUCCUCCACUCCGUGUCUGUCGCCGGCGUUCCCUGUACCGUCGUCCCCGGCCUGUACGAGGUGUCGUCCCGGAUCGUGUGUCGGACCAGAGCCAGCGAAGAGAAGGAUGGGAAGGUGUCGGUGAAAGUGAGCGGAGGAGAGCUGGGAGUGUCCAGCCAGACCUUCAGCUACCAGGACCCUUCUGUGAUGGCGGUGUCACCGAGGAGGGGCCCCAAAGCUGGAGGAACAACAAUCACCAUCAGUGGAAGACACCUGCUGACGGGCCGGGCCUCCGACCUGUCUGUCACUGUGGGAGGGGCCUCCUGCACCAUAGUUUCGGAGGUGCUCAGCUCCGAGGUGCAGUGUGUGACGGGCAGCAGUAACCGGACGGGGGAGCAGCGGCUCACGCUGCACUACGGCAGCAGCCAGCGGCACCUCCACCCCUCCACCUACCGCUACACCCACAACCCCAACGUCAGCCACGCCGCUCCAGCCAAGAGCUUCCUGGACGGGGGUCGGAUCAUCUACGUGUCGGGACACAACCUGGACGUGGUGCAGGAACCGCGGAUGGUGGUCACGGUCACUCCCUUCGAGUCUGUGAGCCAGGACCGGAGGAGGAGGAGGAGGAGGAGGAGGCUGACCAGGAUGGUUCCUGAACACAUCUGCCCUGGAGGAAGCCGGUGCUCUGUCAGACAGUUCACAGAGCGCUGUGAGGUGAACUCCUCGUCGCUGCUGCUGUGCCGCUCCCCCAUGGUGGACCGCUCGGUGUGGGGCUCUCAGCUGGCCGUGGAGUUCCUGCUGGACAACCUGCGGUUCGACUUCAGCAGGUUGAGUCCGCAGCCCUUCAGCUACGAGCCCAACCCCGUCCUGAGACCCCUGAACCAGCAGGACCCCCUGAAGGCCUACCGGUACAACCCGGGCAGCUUCAUCCAGCUGGAGGGAGAAAACCUGGACCUGGCCAUCAGUAAAGACGAGGUGGUGGUGCUGGUGGGGGAGGGUGUGUGUGCCGUCAAGACCCUGACCAGGAACCACCUGUACUGCGAACCUCCGCCUCAGCAGCCGGCGUCCGGAGCCAACGGCAAGAAGCGCGAGGGCUCGGACAGCCUGCCGGAGUUCACCGUCCGCAUGGGAAACCUCAACUUCUCCCUGGGGAAAGUCCAGUACGACAACCUGAGCCUGUCCACCUUCCCCCUGGAGGCCCAGAUCGGCGUCGGGGUGGGGGCCUCCAUCGUGGCCCUCAUCGUCCUCAUCAUCGUGCUCAUCUACAGGAGGAAGAGCAAACAGGCCCUCCGGGACUACAAGAAGGUCCAGAUCCAGCUGGAGAACCUGGAGACCAGCGUGAGAGACCGCUGCAAGAAAGAGUUCACAGACCUGAUGACGGAGAUGAUGGACAUGUCCAGCGACCUGGUGGGCUCCGGAAUCCCCUUCCUGGACUACAGGAAGUACGCGGAGCGCAUCUUCUUCCCCGGCCACCGGGAGUCGCCCCUGCGGCGGGACCUGGACGUCCAGGAGUGCCGGCGGCAGACGGUGGAGCAGGGCCUGGUGCAGCUGUCCAACCUGCUGAACAGCAAGCUCUUCCUCACCAAGUUCAUCCACACCCUGGAGAGCCAGCGGACCUUCUCCCCGAGGGACCGGGCCUACGUGGCCUCCCUGCUGACCGUCUCCCUCCACGGCAAGCUGGAGUAUUUCACCGACAUCCUGAAGACCCUGCUCAACGACCUGGUGGAGCAGUACGUGGCCAAGAACCCCAAACUGAUGCUGAGGAGGACCGAGACGGUGGUGGAGAAGCUGCUGACCAACUGGAUGUCCAUCUGCCUGUAUGCCUUCCUGAGGGACUCGGCGGGGGAGUCUCUGUACAUGCUGUUCCGGGCCAUCAAGCACCAGGUGGAUAAAGGUCCGGUGGACGCCGUGACAGGAAAAGCCAAGUACACCCUGAAUGACAACCGCCUGCUGAGGGAGGACGUGGAGUACCGCACCCUGACGCUGAACGUGCUGGUCCAGGGCGGGGGGGUCAACGAGAGCCAGCCCCUCCCCUCCAAAGUGCUGGACUGUGACACCAUCACCCAGGUGAAGGAGAAGCUGCUGGACCAGGUCUACAAGGGGACCUCCUUCUCCCACCGGCCCCACGCAGACUCCCUGGACCUGGAGUGGAGGUCUGGAGUCGCCGGUCACCUCAUCCUGUCAGACGAGGACUUGACCUCGGUCGUUCAGGGAAACUGGAAACGUCUCAACACCCUGCAGCACUACAAGGUCCCGGACGGAGCGACGGUGGCUCUGGUCCCUCGCCACACCAAACACAUUCACCACGACAACCACGACUACGUGGCGGGAGAGAAGACCCCCAUGCUGGAGGACGCAGACGAGGGGGGGGUGCGGCUGUGGCACCUGGUGAAGGCCAGCGAGGAGCCGGAGCUGCCCAAGCAGCGGCGGGGCAGCCUGCGGGAGCGGGAGCGGGCCAAGGCCAUCCCCGAGAUCUACCUGACCCGCCUGCUGUCCAUGAAGGGCACGCUGCAGAAGUUCGUGGACGACCUGUUCACGGUGAUCCUGAGCACCAGCCGGCCCGUCCCGCUGGCCGUCAAGUACUUCUUCGACCUGCUGGACGAGCAGGCCGGGCAGCACGCCAUCUCCGACCCCGAGACCAUCCACAUCUGGAAGACCAACAGUCUGCCGCUCAGGUUCUGGAUCAACAUCGUGAAGAACCCUCAGUUCAUCUUCGACGUCCAGGCGUCCGACCACGUGGACGCCGUGCUCUCCGUCAUCGCGCAGACCUUCAUGGACUCCUGCACCAUCGCAGAGCACAAGCUGGGCCGGGAUUCUCCCAUCAACAAGCUGCUGUACGCCAGAGACAUCCCUCGCUACAAACAAAUGGUGGAAAGGUACUACGCUGACAUCCGGCAGACCAUCUCCGCCAGCGACCAGGAGAUGAACUCCGCCCUGGCUGAGCUGUCCCGGAACUACUCUGGAGAGCUGAACUACCUGGUUGCGCUGCACGAGCUCUACAAGUACAUCAACAAGUACUACGACCAGAUCAUCACGGCCCUGGAGGAGGACCCCACGGCCCAGAAGAUGCAGCUGGGCUACCGGCUGCAGCAGAUCGCCGCCGCCGUGGAGAAUAAGGUCACCGACUUGUGACGGACAGACCGGCUCCCCGCUGGGGGGAGGGCCGACGCCCCCCGUCGACCGCCGACAGACUCGGGUGUCCCGGCGCCUCCUGCGGGCUCAGACCCCGGCUCCCCGGGCGGGGGAGGGACACGUGGACACACGUCUGGGGACAGGGGACAGGGGACAGACCCCGCUGGAGUCCAGUCUGUCCCACUGCAGCCGAACCUCUGGACACUCUGCUGUCGCUCCACACUCACUCCAGUCUGUGAGUGUGUGAGUGAGUGUGUGUGUGUGUGAGUGUGUGUGUUUGUGUGUAGUUUCUGUGCUGCAUUGUCACAUUUCUGGUUUUAUUCCCGUUUUAUUUCCGUGGUGUUGAACCGACAGUUUCAGACAUCAGCGCUCUUUUUAAACCUUGAAGACCGACCUCCCUGGAGGGCUUCCAGCUGCAGCCUCCGCCAUUGUUUGUGUUUGAAGCCCAGAGGUCAGGGUCAGGGGUCAGCCGGGGGGACAUUCCAGGCACCAGAGGAAUCCGCCUGGCUUUACUGCAGAGAACAUUCAGAGCCGGACACGUCCUGACCGCCGUCUGCCCCGGCACCGUCCAGCAGCUCGGCUCACGGGCCAGGUGUUUGGCAGGAGAACCCCCCCCCCCCCCCCCCGGCGUUAUCAUUAUCAUCUGGAAUCUGGACAGGCUGCAGUUACUCUCCAUUCAUCCUGUUCCUGUUUGUAUUUAUAGUCAGAAGCUUCCUGUCUGGGUGUGAAAGGUCAAAGGUCCUGCAGCUCUGAGGGUACUGGCAGUCUGUCUUUUUAAUAUUUCAUGUUUUCAUGUGAACGUGUGUGUGGUGUGUGUGGUGUGUGUUGUGUGUGUGCGCGUUGUCCAUGCUGAAACAUUCCUCUCUGGUUCAUGGUGUGACCACAGGGGGGCGCUGUGUGGCUGCUGACCACCGGGUCGGGACGUGACGUGAGGUACUGACAGGGCUGGCACGCACGCACGCACGCACGCACGUCUCUCAGGGUUCUGUGAGGUUAGUUUGAGCAGCGCUCCCUGUUCCACAGACCUGGUCCGGUCCGCUCCCCACACAGCCUCCUGUGUGUGUGUGUGUGUGUGUGUGUGUGUGUGUGUGUGUGUGUGUGUGUGUGUGUGUGUGUGUGUGUGUGUGUGUGUGUGUGUGUGUGUGUGUGUGUGUGUGUGUGUGGCUCAGCAGGUAGUCUCUCCUAACAGACUAACGCCUGCCGGAGGCCUCCUGUAGCUGUUAGGGUGUAAACCUUGUCGUGUAGAGCAGGCUCUGCCUCCAGCAGCGUGUUAAUACGACUGUACAUAAUGAUGUGAUUUCAGAUGGAACUAUAGUGUUUUAACCUGUUUAAUAAAGGGUACGAAUUCUCACAGAUGUAAUAAAGUAUUCUUAAAACCAA